CACACGGUCUCUGGCGAGGAAACACGUGUGCAUGCAACAUGCACACAUUCUGGCUCCGCCUACCAGAACCGCCGGGUGGCACCUCCUCGUUCGACAGUCAGAGACCAUCUACGCACAGCGCACGGCGACUGAUCAGGAGACCGAAUAGUCUACUACUGCGGUCACCGCUUCUGCUGUUAUGUUCAUGAUAUCUGAUAAU